CUUACUUUCUUUUGAUUCUUGCUCCUUAGUUUCUGAGAUGGCUUUCAUUGCUGUGCUUCGCUUUAUUGCACACUUUCUCAAUGUGAUUUGCGGCUGCAUCGUUGCCGCCGCUGUCGGCGUGACUGUCCAAAACAUGACCUUUGCUGGCAACCGAUUCUGCAUCUUGUUUUCGGACUGGAAGCACGCGGGCACCCUCGACGACAUCAUGGGCAGCAUCACGUACUGCGACUUUCUCAUCGCUGCCGGCAUCAUCUGCCUCGCACCGGCCGCCGUUUUCGCCAUUCUGACCAUCGUCUCGAUCUGCAGGAAGGACACGACCGCCUCCGGCUGGUCGCUGAUUGAGCUGAUUGUGGCUGCGAUGGAAGUCGUCAUUAUGCUGGCCGCGGGCAUUGUUGCCACCGCGGGCCUCAAGGCGACGUGCGACUCUGUCUCGCCCCUGUCCUGCUCAACCCUGGCGGAUAAGGUGCAGGAGGCCUUUGACUCUGGUUCGGCCGGCAACUUUUACAACAACCUGCUCGCUACGCAGGCGGGCGCAUGGAUUAGCACCGUGUCCUGGGCUGUUGUUGCCAUCAUCAACUUCUUCCGCUUCCGCCGCUACUCUCGCAGCGAGGAUGUGGCCAAGCAAAGCCUGGUUGCCAGCGCCAACCUCAAGAACUCACCGAGCGAGAACUAACGUUGCAUUCACUGCAUUCCUUCCCCAACGGCCUCGACUUUUUGGUCCGGGGAGCGAGAUUAAAUGAAUACAAAUUUAUAAAUAAUCAAUGAGCA